CUGGUUCUCAUCAACACAGCCUACUUCAAAGGAAGGUGGAAUGAGCAAUUCAACAAAACGUACACAAGGGAGAUGCCUUUUAGAGUAAACCGGGAGCAAAGGCCGGUGCAGAUGAUGUUUCAGGAAGGAGCGUUUAGACUCACCCACAUAGAGGAGGUGCAGGCGUAGGUCCUCGAGCUGCCCUACGCAGGCGAGGAGCUCAGCAUCAUCUUGCUCCCUGAUGGCCACGUGGCUCUGAGCUCGGUGGAAAAACAUCUCACUUUUGAGAAAUUCCUCGCCUGGACCCACCCAGACUGCAUGAAAAGCACAGAAGUGGACGUUUUCCUCCCGAGAUUUAAACGGGAAGAGGCUUAUGACCUGGGGCCUGUGCUGCAGGGGCUGGGGGUGGUUGAUGACUUCCAGCAGGGCAGGGCUGACUUCUCGGCCAUGUCAGCCGGCAGUGACCUGUGUCUGUCCAGGUUUGCGCACAAGAGUUUGGUGGAGGUGGACGAGGAAGGUGCGGCCACUUUGGCCGUGACAGUGGUGGAGUGUUGCAUGGAGUCUGGACCCAGGUUCUGUGCCGACCGCCCCUUUGUUUUCUUCAUCAGGCACAACAAAGCCAGCAGCAUUCUAUUCUGCGGCAGACUUUCCUCCCCAUAG